AUGGGCAACUGUAUCUCAGCCCAGGACCGCGAGGCUCUACAACGCUCGCAAGAGAUCGACCGUCAGAUCGAAGAGGAUUCACGCAAGUUCAAGAAGGAAUGCAAGAUUCUCCUUCUCGGUUCGGGCGAGUCGGGCAAGAGCACCAUCGUCAAGCAGAUGAAGAUCAUUCAUCAGGACGGGUACACAAAGCCAGAGCUCAUGACUUUCCGCACCACUGUCUACCGCAACCUCCUCGAGAGCGCGCAUAACGUCAUCCUCGCCAUGCGCAAGAUCGGCGUCGACUGUGUUCAGCCAGAGAACCGCGCCCGCACGGAGCGUAUUCUCGACUACGAGGUUCUUCCUGAUCCGGGCUUUUACUUCUCUGAGGAGAUGGCGCACGCAGUCUACGAGCUCUGGCAGGAUCCCAUCAUCCCAGAGCUCAUGGACCACAGCAGCGAGUUCUAUCUCAUGGACAGUGCAAGCUACUUCUUCACAGAAGCCUUACGAAUAGGGACGCCGGAUUACGUACCUACCGAGACGGACGUACUACGCGCGCGAGCGAAGAGCACAGGGAUUACAGAGACGAGAUUCAGCCUAGGACCAUUAUCAAUACACAUGUUCGAUGUUGGUGGGCAGCGGUCAGAACGAAAGAAGUGGAUACAUUGUUUCGAGAGCGUGACAAGCAUCAUCUUCUGCACGGCACUCAGUGAGUACGAUCAGGUCCUGCUGGAAGAGCGUAAACAGAAUCGGAUGGCAGAGUCGCUGGUAUUGUUUGAUUCCGUGAUCAAUUCGCGAUGGUUCCUGCGCACUUCGAUCAUCCUUUUCUUGAACAAGAUCGACGUCUUCAAGGCAAAGCUUCCGAAGGUUCCUCUCGAGAAGUAUUUCCCGGAGUAUACAGGCGGGCCGGAUAUAAACAAGGCGGCAAAGUAUAUCCUGUGGAGGUUCAUGCAGGCAAAUCGGGCGCGAUUAAGCGUCUAUCCACAUGUGACACAAGCGACAGAUACCGGCAAUAUUCGCAUGGUGUUCGCUGCGGUCAAGGAGACGAUCUUGCAAAAUGCCUUGAAGGAUUCCGGCAUCUUGUGA